AUGGCAUCACCGAUCUUUAUAUCAAACCCACCGCCGGGGUUUUCAUUUCUUGCAAUUUUGCGGGGCAUACAAUUAGCAAUCUUAGGUGCAUAUCGCUCGCUACAAAACCCCAAGUUGUUUGAGUCCAGAUACUACACUCAUGCUAUUUCAGCAAUUAAAUACUCAAUACUAAUACAAUUGGUACUUUGGAGCCCGAUUGUCUGUCUUCGUGUGCUCGCCAAUUUUCUUGGACUUUUUGUCAAUCUGUCUCUUGCUGAGAGUGCCGCAAACUCGUUGAAGUAUUUACAGUUCAACCUACUCAAUGUGGGGGUAUUUGCUAUCUCAGCAUCUAGGUAUUUUGGCCAGCUGUUAGACACGCUAUUCUUGUCAAGUUUAGAGUUUAUUGAUUCAGUGUAUCUCGAGAAGCAUCAAGAUCAUCAAUCCCAGCGUUUUCAUCUGAACUUGGUUGAAUUGUCUGUGGAUACUAUAAAACCACCUACACCCGGCCUUCCCACUUUGCAAACCUUGAAGAAACUCUAUUCAAGCUCCCAAGAGUUUUCUGUCUUUGUCAAGAGGCAUCUAAAAAAAGCAUUUCUUAACAUCAUUGUCUUUUUGUUGAGCGAGCUUCCAUACGUCGGAGCGGUCAUUAUUGGGUUAAUGUCCUUUCAGAAUUUAAAUAAUAAAAUUGGCACGGAACGAGCUGUAAUUAUUUUUGGAAUUUUACAAGUGAUUCCUAAAGAAUAUUCGGUUGCAUUUUUUACUAUAUUCUAUGGCUCUCGUAGCAUGGUACAUGAUCUCUUGCUACCAUACUUCGCAAGAGUUCGUUUCACAAGCAGGGAAAAGGAACAUUGGCUCAAAGCUAGAGAGGGUGUUUUGUUUGGCUUUGGACUAUGCUUUUUCUCUCUAAUCCGGUAUUUCCCUUGGGUGGGGCUCUUAAUAUAUGGCUUGGCUGAAACUUCCGUCGCAUAUUUAAUUACGAAGGUUUCAGACCCGCCACCAAAUCAGGUCAGCCAGCUAAUUCACUGGAACGAGACUCAGUUGGUUUGGAACAAGGAAAAGGAGCAAAACAUUCUCUCCGGCACUUUUGUCAGUGGCGAGGAAGGCUACAACCCCAUUCCGGGAUCAUUCAUAUUUACAUAG